AUGCGGCCACUAACGCAAGAUGAAACAGCUACUUUCUUUGAAAAGAUUUCCAAAGAUUUAGGUGAAAAUAUCAAGCUAACGAUUGACAGAGAAGAUGUCACAUAUUGUUUCAGGUUACACAAGGAUAGGAAUUAUUACAUGAGUGAAGAAAUGUUGAAAAUAGGAAGUUCAGCAGCUGGGACCAACCUCAUUUCUCUAGGAUCUUGUUUUUGUCAAUUUACCAAAUCUGGAAAAUUCCACCUUCACAUAACAGCUCUUGAUUAUCUUGCACCGUAUGCUAAGCACAAAGUGUGGCUUAAACCCAAUGCUGAACAACAGUUUUUAUAUGGACAUCACAUAAUGAAAUCAGGGCUUGGGCGUAUCACUGAUGGUACCAGACAGUACCAGUGAGUCGUCAUAUACAACAUGGAGGAUCCGCCUUUGUGUUUUGAUGUUGCUGCUAAGUCCACUUCGGCGUGUAGAAAUUGUGAUCCUAUGACCAGUGUUGUGUUUCACCAAGCAGACUUAGGACAGUACAUCAGAGAGGAAGAGACCUUGACACAAAUGUAUUUACUGUGUAGCACGGCACGAAGAGAUCAGCGUCUGAAGAGGAAAAGAGAAGAUGGUGUUGGUGACAAGGAAGAGAGGAGUACAUCAAGAGACACAGGAAGUAAACAAAUGGGUUCCAUACAAAUGGCGGAUGGUGAAGAAUCGCCUUCAAUAUUUAAUAAUAAUACACCACUAUCCCAACCAUCUUACAGCGACCUAGUCAAAAGAGGAAUAGAUCAAGCUAAACAAUCGAAGGUUACAGUAGAACAUUUUUUCACAUAA